AUGAGGCAGCGACAACGACAAGGGAAAUGCGUAACACAACGGCUAAGGGUGGCAACGUACGCUCAUAUCGAUAUCCCAUGUCUACAGGUCCGACCGGUCCCUCCCAUGACCACAGAACCGGUUCAAACUCCCGUCACAAGGUCUCCAGCUUCCCACAUGGAUUUCUUCCCCAUUCCCGAUGUAUGGUCGUGUGAUGGCAAACAGCGACUCACGAGCAACAGCAACGGAGGCAUGAGAAUCACUUCACGAUUGAAUGUCGCCCCAACAGUGGCUUCGCUCUUAGCCACAACAAAAACAAUGACGACUGAGCUCUUCGACCUCCAUAAUGAAGACAACAUCGGCGGCGUAUCCAAUCUGGUAGUGGUAGCGGUGAGCAGCAAAAAGAAGGGACGACGAAGGAGCAGGUUAGCGACUCAAGUUUUCGCAGUAGCAAUGGUUAGCGUCGUUGGAUGA